GUAUGUGAUUUAACCAAUUUACCUUACCGUUAUAUGACCGCGCUACAUAUCCCGCCCUCCCGCCAAAACCUAGUUCUCAAACCCUGAUUUAUUCUCGCGGAAUAUUCCAGCAUUCGUUCGCCGAACCCACCUCCCCAGAGUCGUAUUUCGCCGGAGCCGCCACCGCCGAAGCCGUCAGCCGCUCUUUCGUCUCCGUUGCCGUCGGGUCUGUUUGGCAUUGCAGACUUUUGCAGUUACUUCAUCCGCCGGAGCCAUCGACUUCCAGAUUUCUUCAUCUAGGGCUCAUUGUUUGCUGGUUUCGUCUCGCGCUCUUUCCGGCGGCCGACUGCUGGAGCCGUCGUCGCAGAGACAUCAACCUCUCUGUCGCAGGAACUGUGACUUGAACUCUGUGGUGAAGAUCGGAUCAGGUUGCUCUUUGACAGAAUACCAAUUUUUAGGGGAACAGAAUUUUGUUUCAAGAUGCCUCACAGGGUACCUGCAUACUUGCAGUACAAUCACUCCUGUCAAACUGAUGGUGCUGAAAGCUCUGAUGCACAGCAGAAGAAGUCAAGAGGUCUGAAUCGAGGUAUGGCUGUUGUGAAGUUACUUCCUGGUGAGAAGUUUCCUCUUCGUAUUAAUAGGUUAGGGCAGCCACAUGGAUCACAUGCCAAAGACUUAUCACACUAUUUGGGAGUUUUAGCUCGAGAUUUAGAUAAGGCACCAGUUAUUUACCAUACAUGGACCGAAUUACCUAAUAGUUAUAAAGAUGAUGUGUGGAUACAAGUCAAGAACAAAUUUGAGCUUCCAGGUAAGAGAGAUCUUCCAGGGGCUUUUCGAUGUUAUGUGAUGGACUCGUUCAGGAAAAAGUGGACUGAUUGGAGAAACGUACUUUGGAACAUUUACUACAUCCAUGAUUCUGAAAAUGCACGGUUGCAAGCCUGCCCCAAGGAGAUUUCUCAAGACCAGUGGAAGUCUCUCAUGGAAUACUUCGAUUGUGAGAAGUCAAAGGCAGAAAGCUUUACAAAUGCAAACAAUCAUGCACAACAGAUGAUGCUUCAAACUUUGGGGACAAAGAGCUUGGCAUAUUUUCGCACAGAACAGUCAAUGAAUGGCAAUGAAGACAUUGAUGUGGCUCGACUUGACAUGUGGAUUAAAACACACAGAAUUGUGCGAUGUUCUAGCAGAAAAGAAGACGUUGUCCCUAUAAUUACUAAACUUAGUGACCAAGCCUUAAAAAAGCCAGCUGAUGCACAUGAAGCACCAAACCAUAUGCAGAAGCUCCCGAAGGAUGCUGGAUGUGCUCCUAUAUACGGGCUUGGUGCCCGUGUUGGAAAUAUUGUUGGAUCUAAGCUGAGCAAAAAAUUACUUGUGCUGCAAAAUGAAGCACUUGAUCAGAGAGUAAGGCGACUAGAGCAGUUCAUGGAGGCACAAGGAUGGUGCAACGAUGACGCAUAGCAGCAUAGACCAAGGAAUUGCAUUUUCUUGUACAAUAAUUUUUGUAUUCCUUUUUGUUGAUGUAUAUGAACACUUUCUUUUGGCACUUGGAUGUAAUCUGUAUAGGCAUCACUUUUUCUAGUUUCAACUUUAAUGCAAUAUACUUCAUCA